UGUAAAUACGUUUAAACAAAUAAACUACUUGGAAAGGGGGCCUGCAGUUUUGCUUAUAAUUCCCGUCAACCAAAUUCCAACAAGAAGAAAUAAAAACAAGUUAGCACCAACCACAGCCUAACUAGCUAAUUAAAAAGACUCCCCUGUUUUGGUUGUGAAUGUGAUCGAAUCCCACCCCUCUCCUCUGCCUCUUGCCUUGUUUAAUUUUGUGGCAGAAGAUGGGAGAGAUGUCUGGGUUCCAGCUGGGCGUGAUGGGUGCACUAUUUCUCUCAGUCGCAUCAUCGGUGUCCAUUGUUAUCUGCAACAAAGCCUUGAUGAGUAAUCUUGGAUUCCAGUUUGCCACAACGCUGACUAGUUGGCACCUGAUGGUGACAUACUGCAGCCUUCACGCUGCGCUGCGCUUGAAUUUGUUCGAGAAGAAGGCCAUCGAUAUGAAGACAGUGGUGAUGUUCGGCAUGCUCAACGGCAUCUCCAUCGGACUUCUCAACCUCAGCUUGGGAUUCAACUCCAUUGGUUUCUACCAGAUGACCAAACUCGCGAUCAUUCCUUUCACAGUCCUCUUGGAAACCAUCUUCUUCAACAAGCAAUUCAGCAACAACAUCAAACUGUCUCUCUCCAUUCUGCUCAUGGGAGUCGGCAUUGCAUCGGUCACCGAUCUCCAGCUCAACUUGGUCGGCACCAUUCUCUCCCUCCUCGCCAUCGUCACAACUUGCAUCGGCCAAAUUCUGACAAACACAAUCCAGAAGAGGCUGAACGUGUCUUCGACGCAGCUGCUGUACCAAUCGGCCCCAUUCCAGUCGGCCAUUCUGUUCUUGACGGGGCCUUUCGUGGACCAAUUCCUGACCAAACAAAACGUGUACGCCUACAAAUAUUCGCCUCUGGUGUUGGGAUUCAUAGUGGUGUCGUGCUUGAUCGCGGUGUUGGUGAACUUCAGCACGUUCUUGGUGAUCGGGAAGACGUCGCCGGUGACGUAUCAAGUUCUAGGGCACCUGAAGACGUGCCUUGUUCUUGCAUUCGGCUACACUCUCUUACACGAUCCUUUUACAUGGAGGAACAUCCUCGGAAUACUCGUCGCCGUCGUCGGCAUGGGAAUGUAUUCUUACUUCUGCACCAACGAAGCCAAGAGGAAACAGCCACACCCCUCGCCACCGCCCCCGGUCAAAGACAAGGAUGCUAACACCCCACUUCUUGCAAGCCCUCAGCCCAAAGAAUCCAAGGAUUCUGCUGUGUGAUUCGUUACUCAAUAAUAUUUUUGGAUUGGGAUAUUGUUUUCAUUCUUUCAUGUUAAAUGCAUCUCUUGUAAGAACAAAUUCAUUUUUAGCAGACCAGAUUGUGAGAGGAAUUCAAGUGCCAAGCUCCUUCUUUCUGAUUACAUAAUGUAUCGCCACAAAUUAGAAUAUAUCACCACAAAAUUUGAAUUUGAUUUUUAUUUCUUACACUAAAAA